UACAUUUUAAUUAAGUAAAAGUAAAUAAUUUUAAAAGAGAGCCAAUAGGGGGGAUGCAAAAAUUAACUAUUAAAAAACUAAUCCUAACAAUAUUUUUAUUUUGUAAAAGGACCUUGAAUUUCCAAUUCUCCUACAUCCUGCUGUUAUAUGUUACUGAGCAUCUGCUCCAGGGCUUCACACAUGCUAGGCAAUUGUACCAACUGAGCUACAGCCCCACCAUCAAGCUCUGCUGUCUGUUGCUUUUCUCUUAGAAUGCAGGAGUAUGGUUCAUUUCCUGUGCUGACCUCACGACCCAGCACCUAUUCUCAGUUCACAUGUCUAACCUAUUAGUACAUACUUUGCAUUGCCUAAGUGUAUGAUCAGUCAUUUCUGUUACUGUCGCGGACAUCUUUCCUCUUCGAAUAUUUCCCUACAGUAGAUGUCUAUUGUUGAUGCUCAAUUAAAAGUUUGUUUAUUUCUUCAUUAAUGUGUAUUGUUCCUUCAAUUGUUAGACAAGCCAAAUUUUCAAGUGUGGUUCACUGAAAUAAUUGGGCAUUUCAUUACUAUGUCUAAUUGAAUCUGGAAUAUUGGAAUAUUAUUGAAAGACUAAAAGUGACUGGAACAAGAAUUAACUUCCUCCUUUCUACAGCCUCCUGUUUGCAUAUUUCUCAAGAGAUCUCUUUUUAGCAUAAGUAUUCUGACUCUCAUUGUAUUUCUUGUAAAUUAUAGCUCAUAAAGAUUGUCGCAAGAGUGUCUUCCAAUUCCUGGAAACAUUUAUUCUUGCUUCUCCUGUCUCUGUCCUCCUUCACCUCCAACUGUAAAUACUGGCUGCCUCCUAUUCCACCUUGUUAAUAAGUAGAAAUCUAAUUUCCAUAAGUAUUUCUUCAGAGACAUAAUUCAUUAAAUGACUAAAAGACUUUACCUAUUUAGGCCAAGGGUUUGAUUAGUGCUACUAUCUUAACACGGUGAUUACUCUUGGUUACCUAGUAGUGUUCUGUGCAAAUGAACCCGAACUGGGUGGAAGGAAAUGUUUUGUAACAUGUGUUAUCAGAAAAUUUCAGAUAACACCAUUUUUAUAAUAGACAUUGGCUCAGAUAUGGUUUAAAAAUUAUACUUGUGAAGAGUUGCAAAAGGUAUAUAUAGACACAUGGAAUGUCAACUUAGAGACAACAAGAUUACUCUUCUGGAAUUGUAACUGAGGGCCUGGAUUGUCUGUGGCUUGUGUAGGGACUGUGUGGAGUAUACAGCCUCUAAUAGAUUAGGUGGAAGAUGUCAUCCCAGAGUCAGCAAAGCCUCCUUCACAAGUACAAAGGCAUCCUCUUCUCUGCCAUGUCUUCAGAAGAACUCCUUGAUUCCUUGGAUUCUUUUGAUGCAAGAGAAGAUGACAUAUUUCUGGUUUCCUACCCAAAGUCUGGAACCCACUGGGUGGCAGAAGUCAUUGAGAACAUUCCCAGUGCUGGAAUCACGCUCACAUCUCCUAUUGAGUGGGGAGAUGUUUCUCAUUUCAAAGAGCUAAAGAUGGUCCCUAAGAGAAGAGUUAUCCCAACGCACCUAAGCUCUGAAAUGAUUCCUGUGACGGUUAAACAGAAGCAAUGUAAGAUUGUCUACGUUGUCAGAAAUCCGAAGGACACGGCUGUGUCCCUGUUCCACUACUACAAACACAACCCCAACCUCCCGUCCACUGAAACAUGGGCUGCAUUUUUAGAGCUGUUCCUCAAAGGAGAUGUUGUAUAUGGUUCCUGGUUUGAUCAUGUUUUGAGCUGGGAAAAACACAAAAAUGAUAAAAACAUCCUCUUCCUAUUUUAUGAAGAAAUGAAAAAUGAUUUUGCUGAGAGCCUACAGAAAAUAACUGCUUUCCUUGGCAUCAGUGUGGACAACAGUGAGAUGAGCAAGAUUGCUCGGAACACAUCGUUCAGUGAAAUGAAAAGCAAUGCAGUUAAAGAAAACUGUGAUCCUAAUCACACCAUCUGCGCCCUCACAUCCGACAGGAACCUGGUGUUCAGAAAAGGAGUGGUGGGUGAUUGGAUAAACUACUUCACUCCGAAGCAGAAGCGAGUCUUUGAUGAAGUAUUCACAGAGAAGAUGAGACACAGCGAUGUGGGCAGACGCCUGAAGGAGUAUGAGAAUGUAGAUGGGAAAUAAAGCUGACCUCCCUCCUCUGCCAUGCAGCACCCAGAGAACAUGUAAAUAUUUUUUACGGAUGUGGAAAGCAGGGACUUCUUUCCAUGAGAAACACAUACUUCAAGAAUGUGUCAAAAGUGGCCCUUAUGAGAGACUAUUAUCACUGUUUGGUGACAGUAGAGAAAUAUUAAUAAAAGGAGGCAUAGAAUUCUCCAAUAGCUGAACUCUGGAUCCACUUCUAGCAUGUUGAGCAAGGCCAGGGGUAGUUCCUGUUCAGAGAGAGGACAUUACUGUAAAUUCUCCACGAGCUGUGCUGAUGUGGAAAGAGGUGAAGAAUUAAGUUACAGACCUGAGAAAAUUCUAUUUUCUGCCUAUUUAGACAAUCAUGGCCUGCAUCCCAACACAUUUGUUUCAACAUUUCCAAGUGUCUGUGAGAAAUACUUUCUAAGUUCACAGUAACAGAGACCAUCCUGUCAAACUCGAAAUAUCUAAUGGUAGGAUCCUAUCAUACAUUGGUGAGCAUGAAGAAUGAAGAGAAAAUCCUCUAGCCGAACAUGGCUGGGCAAGCCUGUGUUUUCUUAAUAUCACCUCAAUUAAAUUAUACUUUUUCACUUUCUAAUUUUGAAACUGAACUUCCCUUUGAAACUUUCCAUGCUUAUGACUAUAGUAUUUUGAGUAUGCAUGCUCUCUUCCAGACUCAUGCCUAACACUAAUCCAGUCAGUCUCUACCGCUCUCUGUAAAGUGCACUACCCCGUGCCUUUCACUAGAGGCCACUAUAAGGAACUCUCAGUGAACUAAACAGAGUUCUUUCUCCCUCAGGUCUUAGCGCAGUUUACUUCUGCGGUAGACUCCUACCGACGGCUCGCUGGGAAAUCAAAACUGUGCUGUGUGUAGCUCUUAAUGCUGAGCUGAAAGCAGGAAGUGGGUUUGCUGAGUUCAACUGAACUUAGAUUUUUAUACCCUAGUGUAUUAUGAAUCCAUGUAAAUGUUCAGGAACAAAUCUGUUGGGGGAUUUUGUGUGGCGUCCAUAAUUCAGCAAGUAGUUCAAUUUGCAUAAAUCUUCUGUGUGCAUGCCUUUGUUACAAAUAAAGAGCAUCCCUUUUGACUUC